UAAAACCAGACUGUCAGCACCGUGUGGAGCCACAGAGAGCUGCGCCACGGUGAGGCAGAGCACGGCACGGUAGCACACAGAAGGACUCUACCGGGUGAAUGCAGUCCUCAUCACAGGGCACUGCUGCAGACACUUUCCUACCAUUUCCGGAGAUAAGAGGGCGCUCAGAGUAAUCUUCAUCCAGACAGGGAAGAGGAAUUUGGCUCACUCCAACAUUUUUUCCGUAAUUCGCGUUAAGAAUCUUAACAGUGGCCAGGGGGACACGUUAGAUCGCGGUCAAUAGCUUUCGAUAGCUACCCGAAGGUGAAUGCACAGCUCUCAAUUGGCAAAGUCCUUAUUCCUUUGAAAGUAUUGACAGUUUUGAAGUGCCAGAAGGUACCAUACGGCAGUAUUUUGGGUAAAGCUGUGUGGGAAGGAGCCGUCCGUCCGUCCGCCAUGGAGAACGCUCACACGAAGAGUGUGGAAGAAGUUUACAGUUAUUUCUGCGUCAAUGAAAGCACAGGACUUUCGCUGGACGAGGUGAAACGACAGAGGGAGAAAUGGGGCCUAAACGAGUUACCAGCUGAAGAAGGGAAAUCUUUAUGGGAGCUUGUCCUUGAACAGUUCGAAGAUUUACUUGUUCGAAUUCUUCUGCUGGCUGCAUGUAUAUCUUUUGUCCUGGCCUGGUUUGAGGAGGGGGAAGAAACUAUCACAGCCUUUGUGGAGCCUUUUGUAAUCUUACUCAUUCUUAUAGCCAAUGCCAUCGUCGGUGUGUGGCAGGAACGCAAUGCUGAGGAUGCCAUUGAGGCACUUAAGGAGUAUGAGCCUGAGAUGGGGAAAGUGUAUCGUCAGGACAGGAAGACUGUGCAGAGGAUCAAGGCCAGAGAUAUUGUGCCUGGUGACAUCGUAGAGGUUGCUGUUGGAGACAAGGUACCUGCUGACAUCCGUAUCUGUUCAAUUAAAUCAACAACCUUGAGGGUAGACCAGUCCAUUCUGACCGGUGAAUCUGUCUCUGUCAUCAAACAUACCGACCCUGUGCCCGACCCACGUGCUGUCAAUCAGGACAAGAAGAACAUGCUCUUCUCUGGUACCAACAUUGCAGCUGGGAAGGCCGUGGGUGUGGUCGUGGCCACUGGUGUUAACACAGAGAUCGGUAAGAUCCGUGACGAGAUGGCAGCCACGGAGCAGGAGAAGACGCCCCUGCAGCAGAAGCUGGAUGAGUUUGGUGAGCAGCUGUCCAAGGUCAUCUCCCUUAUCUGCAUCGCCGUGUGGAUCAUCAAUAUCGGACACUUCAACGACCCCGUCCAUGGAGGCUCCUGGAUCCGUGGGGCAGUCUACUACUUCAAGAUCGCUGUGGCUCUGGCUGUGGCUGCCAUCCCUGAGGGUCUACCUGCUGUCAUCACCACCUGCCUGGCCUUGGGCACUCGCCGCAUGGCCAAGAAGAACGCCAUUGUCCGCAGCCUGCCAUCUGUAGAGACCCUGGGUUGCACCUCUGUCAUCUGCUCUGACAAGACUGGAACCCUGACCACCAAUCAGAUGUCUGUCUGCAGAAUGUUCAUUAUCAACAAAGCCGAAGGUGACAGCUGCUCUCUGUCAGAGUUCACCAUCACAGGUUCUACCUAUGCACCUGAGGGAGACGUGUACAAGGAUGGUAAACCGGUGAAGAGUUCCCAGUAUGAUGCCCUUGUUGAACUAGCCACCAUCUGUGCCCUAUGUAAUGACUCCUCCCUGGACUUCAAUGAGGUGAAGUGUGUGUAUGAGAAGGUCGGUGAGGCCACAGAGACUGCUCUGACCUGCCUGGUGGAGAAGAUGAACGUCUUCGACACUGAAGUCCACAACUUGUCCAAGAUUGACAGAGCUAACGCCUGCAACUCAGUGAUCAAGCAGCUGAUGAGGAAGGAGUUCACCCUCGAGUUCUCCAGAGACAGGAAGUCCAUGUCUGUCUACUGCACCCCCAACAAGUCUCGUUCUUCCAUGGGCAAGAUGUUUGUUAAGGGCGCCCCAGAGGGAGUCAUUGAGAGAUGCACUCAUGUCAGGGUUGGAAACAGCAAAGUUCCCCUCAGCAAAGGUAUCAAAGAAAAGAUCAUGUCUGUGAUCCGUGAGUACGGGACAGGUCGUGACACCCUAAGGUGCCUGGCCCUGGCCACACGAGACAGUCCACCCAAAAUGGAGGACAUGAUACUGUCUGACACUGCCAGAUUCUCAGAGUAUGAGUCCGACCUGACCUUUGUCGGCUGUGUCGGCAUGCUGGACCCUCCCAGACAAGAGGUGGCUGCCUCUAUCAAGCUGUGCCGCCAGGCCGGCAUCCGCGUCAUCAUGAUCACCGGGGACAACAAGGGCACAGCUGUUGCUAUCUGCCGCCGCAUUGGCAUCCUGACUGAGGAGGAUGACAUCGAGCGCAUGGCCUUCACUGGACGAGAGUUUGAUGAACUCUCACCGUACACCCAGCGGGAGGCUGUGACUCACGCUCGCUGUUUCGCCCGCGUCGAGCCUUCCCACAAGUCCAAGAUCGUUGAGUUCCUGCAAGGAUUUGAUGAGAUCACGGCUAUGACAGGUGAUGGAGUGAACGAUGCCCCUGCUUUGAAGAAGGCAGAGAUUGGCAUCGCUAUGGGCUCUGGCACUGCCGUGGCCAAGUCAGCCUCUGAGAUGGUCCUCGCCGAUGACAACUUCUCUUCUAUCGUGGCCGCCGUUGAAGAAGGCAGAGCUAUUUACAAUAACAUGAAGCAGUUCAUCAGAUACCUUAUCUCCUCCAAUGUAGGAGAGGUCGUUUGCAUCUUUCUUACCGCUGCACUGGGUUUCCCUGAGGCUCUGAUCCCAGUUCAGCUUCUCUGGGUCAACUUGGUGACAGAUGGCCUCCCUGCCACCGCCCUCGGCUUCAACCCUCCAGAUCUGGACAUCAUGGAGAAGCCUCCCCGCAACGCUAAGGAGCCCCUCAUCUCUGGCUGGCUCUUCUUCAGAUACUUAGCCAUUGGAGGAUAUGUGGGUGCAGCCACAGUGGGAGCUGCUGCCUGGUGGUUUAUAUUAUCUGAUGAUGGACCUCAAGUUACUCUGUAUCAGCUGAGCCACUUCCUCCAGUGCGGCCCAGACAACCCAGAGUUUGAUGGCCUGGACUGCCACGUGUUCGAGUCACCCUACCCCAUGACCAUGGCCCUGUCUGUGCUCGUCACCAUUGAGAUGUGCAAUGCUCUGAACAGUCUGUCAGAGAACCAGUCCCUGCUGCGGAUGCCUCCCUGGGAGAACAUUUGGCUGCUGGGAGCCAUCUGCCUAUCCAUGUCCCUCCACUUCCUCAUCCUCUAUGUGGAACCUCUGCCUGUCAUCUUCCAGAUAACCCCUCUGGAUACGACCCAGUGGAUGAUGGUGCUGAAGAUCUCCCUGCCAGUCAUCCUGCUGGACGAGCUGCUAAAGUUUUUGGCCAGAAACUACUUGGAAUUUGGUAAACAGCUGGAGAAGCCGGCCGGCAAAGGCUGCUCUCUGUCUGCAUGUGCCGAGGGCAUCUCCUGGCCCUUCGUGGCUAUCUCCCUGCCUCUGGUGCUGUGGAUCUACAGCACUGACACUAAUGUGUCUGCCAUGUUGUGGCCCUGACUGACUCCAGUACACCAACCCCCCUCCUGUGCACCAGUGUGAAGUGGACAUUAACACACACAUCUAACACAGUUACAUUAACUUGGAACAACCUACAGUCAACACUUGCACCUGACAGCCUGUCUGCUGUCAGAUCUUUUGUAUUUAGGAUAUUUUCACCGAUACAUAUUUUUGGGCGAGGAGGUUUAGUCAUACUUAAUGACUUUGACUGACAUUAUGUCCAUAUGUUUUAUUCUUAUUUUACCAUCACGCUUUACUCUUUUUUGAUCCCCUGUUGAACAGUUAGAGAUGCCCACCAUGUUGGAGCUGUGUGUUGAGCUGUACAGAGAAUUUACACUAUUUUAUAAUAAUUAAUAUUUUGUAAUUUUUGGGAGGGGUUUUUGGGACAAGAUUGCUGGGUGUGAGGAGGAUGUAAUUGUGAGGACCGUAUAGUACAAUACUAAUUCUGGGGCAAAGACAUGAAUAUAUUUUGCCCUAGCAUGAAUCUCUAUAGUCAUUUUUGAGCUCCGUGCAUCUUGUUCGUUCAUUAUUUUCUGCAUUAGGCAGAGCACAGCUACCUCAAUGCUGUUAAUACCACCAUUACUACCCAUCUGUCUUAACAACCAUAGAUCUUCAGUUGAAGUGUUGAGGUAAGCACUAAUUUGUUUUGCAGUAGAGACAAAGCCCUCACACACAAUUUAAUGUUUAAUAUAUUUUUCUUUUCUCUGUUGUUGGAGGGAAGAGGGGACAGAGACUUGUUACCAGUGUGAUUCAGAGCAUUUUUUGAUACAGCCUGUUGUUAAAUUUGUUUACUUGAAGAGAACACAUUUGUCAUUUUCUUUCUUAAGUUUCAUUUUUGAGCUUCAGUCUCAACUUUCAGUCUUAAUUUUGCAUCGUAAUGACAGUAAUCUUUAUAAUGUAUGUAAAAUGUGCACAUACUGUACCUGAAUAUAUAAAAUGGCACCAAGAAGCUGUUAGUCUUAUCAGCUGAGCACAACAUGGACAGUUUAAUGGAAACUGAGACCUCUGAGAGGCUAAAGCACGACCGGUCAUCUGAGAGUCUGUAUAUCUGUACAUAGCACACAAAGUAGAAUCUCUGUAUAGAUUUUUUUUGUUGAUGUUGUUGUUGCUGUCAAAAUGCUCCAUAUCGUCACACUAGUUUACUUAAGAGUGGUCUUAGCCUUUCUGCAUGCCUGCUCCAAUAAUACCAGGCCUGUGAGUGCUUAGAUUCUUUUUGUUUUAAAGCUAACAUUUGUUUCUUCCAAUGCCUUCCACCUGUUUACCUACAGAGUGAGUACACUUUGACCUGCAUGCCAACUACUAGCAUUAUGGCAUCUUCAUGUGGUCGCACACACAGCUCAUCAGUCUGUUGUUGCUCAUAUAAAAAUGGCAGCAAUAACAGCUUGUCAUAUUUUUGAUAGGACUAGCAGUUUUAAACACAUGGUUGAAAUGGUACAAAAGAGGAGAGAAUGUAGGUGUUUGUUUUGAAAUGCCUUCAGUGUCACCAAGUGCCAGGUACACGCUGAGUAGAAAUAUGAGCUUUUUGCAUUUUAAACUAGCACAGUGUCACUGGUGCUGGUUAUUUUUGAUUGUAGACUGGCAGCAUGUUUUGGCAACUAACAGUUUUUUUAAUUGCAUUCGUCUUUGGUCCUAAUACUCUGCUUGCCCAUAGCCUGUAUUGGUCUGUUUAUGAAAAGAAGUAUUGAUGAUUUUAAAUUGCUUGCCUCUCACAUGCUUUUACUUUGGCCUGUGAUUCUUGUGUCCAUUGAUUUGAUUCUUCCUCUCUCUCCUUUUCCUUUGCAGCAAAGGCCAAGUAAGCCCACCUGUACUCUAAAUUACUUCCAGAAACUUUGGUUUUGUUUUGUGUUGUGCAUGUGUGUUUUGGGCCGCACAUCUUACAAGAGCUGCAUGUCAGUUAAAUAAUACAAAGACAGGGGCUCAUAAAGUUCAUACAUCCUUUUUAUAGAAUGGCCAUAAUAAAUGUCUGAUGAAAACUAGCCAAUCCCACCUCAUCAGUCCUUCCAUUCUCCUGCAUGAAGAGCCUUAGGUAAUGAUACAAUUCUCAUGCCAAUCUUUUUAGACUAAGAUCUUAGUACUGUGUACAGUAAAUUGUACAUUAUUCCAUGGUGCAUGUCCGCUCAAUCAGCCAUCUGUUUUACCAGACUUGUGUAAUAGACAAUGUAUAGUAUUGGUAAAUAGAAUAGACAUUCGUCAAAUAGUACAAAUGUUAAAUAAGCUCAAAAACACAGUUCAUUUUUCCUAAGGAAAUACUUUUAUGGGAUAUUUAAAAACCAAACAGACUCUUUUUUUUUUUUUUUUGCUUUGCACUGAGAUGUGCGACAUGUUUGGAGCAGAUUUUGCCAUAUCUGGGAAGGCAGACGUGCGGUGAUGCAUACGUUUUACCAUGAGAACGGCAGGCAGUCCCUCAAUUGGCAUUUUUUUGCCAAACUGCUGUACUGUAUUUUCAGAGAUGAUUGUACAAUGUAUCACAUGAACUUUGGUUUCAGGUAAAUAAAACUGUCAUACAUUA